AUGAAUGAAAAAAGAUCAUUAUGGGAACGAUUCGAGAUUUUGCAUAGUGUAGAAGUUCAAAAAAGAGAAAGGAAUAUUAAACUAACCCUUGCAGCAGUCGGUAUCACGGGCGAAUUUCAUUCUUCCGGUCCACGUGCUGUCACGAUUGCCCGUCGGAGGCAGCGGUCGUGGCGAUUGCGUUUCAACAGCGCGUUUAAACCCGGAAGUCCGCAGGACCGAAAUAACGCGAAGCGACGAGGCGGGACGGGCGUAUAUCCGAGGAGACGGCGAAGAGGACGUACGAGCUUAGAUAUGAAAAUUCUGCAAGAAUACAUAAAACGGCACCGUCUUGAAGAUUGCCCCAUUACAUCUACUGUAAUACAACAUUGAUAUAGUCAGGGCUGGAGAGUAUCAUAGAUACUGGUAUU